CCAGAAAUUUAACUACCAAAAACAACAUAAACCUCUCUGUAUCCCCCUGAAAAGCCCUAGCUCCCUACCCACAAGAAGAACAAUAGCCAAACACAGCAGCCUCAAAAAAUUCUGUCUCUUCCUUACUGCAAAACAAUCGAUUUUCACAUAAAGAUUGCAUCUUUUUGUCCUUUUAAGUGAUACAAAAAUGGACAACUCACUUGUACCUGAAGCAGUUCUUGAUUCUGCUAAGACAACCUUAGCAAAUCUUGAGAAAGUAGAGACCCAACUGCUUAACUUCCUUUCUCUCUUUAACCCUGAAAUUCUCGCUGAUAUGCCCCCCCUUGAACGCGCUCGAUCUCUAUUUUUGUUUGCCAAGGCCACUACUUUACUUUUUGCAUUGAGACUAAGGUGCAAUGGAAUUGACCCAGAUGAGCAUCCCGUCAAGACAGAGCUUGAAAGGUUGAAGUUGUAUCAAGACAAACUAGACCGGUUUGUAGAUUUAAGUGAAGCACCAUUGCGACCUUCUACCACAUUAAAUUACCAGGCUGCAACCCGUUUCAUUGAGCAUUCUUUGCCUGACCUUACUGCUGAACAGAAGACAAGUAUGCGGGCUAUUAGUAGAGGAGAAGGAGCCAAGAUGAAAUAUUUGGAGAGAAGGGCCCAAAGGAAGAGGAAAUAUCAAUCACCGGGAAAAGAUACAGUCCAAGCUGCUGCCUCCAAAUUUCUUCAGAAAGCAGCUCGUGAGCUUCUAGGUGAUAAUACAAGUGGUUUUAAGGGUCCUCUACGAGUCGACAUGUUAGAUAAAGAUGACCUGCACGCGGGCUAACUUUCUACUGUCUCGGACUGCACAGACCAGAACUACCAGUUUUUGCCAUAUGCUUGAGUGGUACUGGUAUUACUGUGGCCUAGCUGUGAAAGAUCACCUGUUCUUGUUCCGCAAUAUGAGGCCUUUGAUAGUUUCUGUUACCCACUACAGCGUUCUGGGUUUAUGAUGAGAGGUACAUUAAGCCACUGUUGGAGCUCUCAUGGAGGGAGUCGAGGGCACUCUAAAGUAAUUAGUUUUGUUCUCUUAUCCUUCUCCGGCCUCGGCGCGAAUCAUUUCGAAUAGCAAUAGUCUUCUCAGCUUUGUUUCUGGGCAUAGAGAAGACAUAAUUUUGAUUGUUUUGUUUAUUGUUAUGUGAUCUCUAGUAGAAUUUUUCCCAUACUAUAUAUUGUGGAUGCUUAUGUGAAUUAAUGAAGUUAAUGAUGCAAUUCUGUA